AUGUCUCGGCCAUGUGAGGUGCAAAAAUGCGAGCGUCUAUCACGCGCUCUGUGUGAUUGUUGUGGGAAACAUCUAUGUCUACAACAUUUGCAUGAACAUAAUGAAUUAUUAUUUGCUCAAUUGAAUCCGUUUAUCGAUGGAUUAAAUUCGCUUGGUGAGCAGCUGAAAAUGUUCAAUUUCCAUGAGAAAGUACGCGAUUGUUAUUGGAAGCUCGAACAGUGGCGUGUGGAAUGUCAUCAAACGAUCGAUCGGUUCUUCGAGCAAAAGCAACAAGAACUUGGACGUAAUGUUAUGACCAAGAUCGAGAAACACCAAGAAAAAAUCACAGAUAUACAGAUAAAACUAUCGAAACUUAUUCGCGAUCAGGAUGUAACGCAACGGGAUUUGAAUUUUCUCUCAUCGGCUGUCAAUCGCUUACAAAAAGAUAUGAAUAGAAUCGAACAAGUGAAGUUUUCAAUCCAGAGUGCACCAUUACUUAUCGAUGAAACAUUGAUUCAAAUUCAAGAAACCAAUCUACAACUAUUCGAUCCGUUGAUUUUCUCCACGAUCGCUGCAACUAUUUCAUAUCCAAAAGGAAGUUGGUAUUCACUGACUAGUAACGAUCGCUUUCUGCUGAUUCAUCAAGCUCCAAAUCUAUGUUUAUUGGACGUGACUUUAUCGAAAGUAAAAGAAAGUCUUUGGCCACACGGUAAACUCUACGAUAUGUGUUGGUCUUCGUCAUUAGAUCGCUUUAUAGUAUUAACCAAUGAUAGUACCUACCUAGUUGAUCACAAUCUAUCAUCAACGAGUCUAGCACAAAUACUGCCAAAAUACAAAUGGUUCUCUUGCACAUGUUCCAAUGAAUUUCUUUACGUAACAGUCGAAAGGUGGGGUUCAUCAAUCAUGCAGAUACAAUUGCUCCCGCCCAUGACGGUCGUUAAAGAAUGGAAGCCACCUGAAUCGUGCACAGCUGAUGAUUUUAUCGAAAGUAUCGUUUAUGGCGAUGGAUCACUAGCAUUAGCUAUUCGAAAUCGAGCUCACAAAUCUAUUCGUGUAGAUUUAUGUUCAGCCAAAACCUUCGAUCGACUAUGGUCAUUCGUCCUACAGACAGACUAUGACAGAACUAAUGCGAUACGUUGCUGUCUACUCGGAUCGGAUGAAUGGAUGAUACCUAACUUACACGACAACCAUUUAUUACAUCUUUCAGCGAAUGGAAAGUUAAUUCAAAGAAUUGCAUAUCAAUCAACUCCGUAUCGAAUCAAUCCGUUUGGAUCGAUCAUCGCAAUCGCGACUGCAGUGUCUAUCAACUUUCAUACAGAGGAUUCUAACCUAGCUCAAGAAGUUCCUCAAGACUAG